UUGGCGGGGGCCGGGGUGUGUGCUGCCCGGCCGGCCUGGGCGCCUCAGAGUGUCGGAGGACGGGGAGCGGCGCGGGCCGGAGCGGAGCGGCAGAGACUUUGUGAACCUGUGAAAUGGCAGUGAUGGAAAUUGCUUGCCAAGGAGCUCCUGACCCAACUGUCAGGCAACAGAAGGAGCUUGCAGCCGCUAAAGGGCUAAAUGAAACAGCAGGCGAGAAGCAGAGCAGUGUUUGCAAAGUAGAAGAGCCAAGCAAAGGUGCCUUUCCCACCCAGUGGAAGAUCCUGAAUGAUGUGAUCACCAAGGGAACAGCAAAAGAAGAGACAGAAGGAAGCUCUGCAUCCAUUUCUAUCAUUGCCCAAGCAGAAUGUGAGAACAGUCAAGAGUUCAGCCCAACAUUCUCAGAGAGACCUUUCAUUGCUGAUAGCAAACGUUACAGCCGGUCAGACAGUCUUGAUCAAAUUCCUAACAAUGUGGCUCAUGCAACUGAGGGGAAAAUGGCACCUGCCUGUUGGAGGGCAAGGCAUCGCGGCAAAGCUAGGAAGAAACGGCACAAAAAGAAGUCCAGGCUCAGAAUACAGACAAUGGUCUCUACUAAGCAAGGGCCCAGAACACCAGAACAAGAAAGCUGUAUGCCGAUUCCAGUCCAGGAAGAUGAAACCCCCCAAAACACUUUCUUCAGUAAUGGCUCCUGGUUUUCAGAACUGUGCAAAGAUUCGGUCUGCAAUCAGUUCCCAUUUGAGAAAUCUGGAAAGGUGCUACCCACAGGCAAACUCCCUUCACUAAGGAACCAACAUGCACCACGUUUGCACAAGUUGAUAAGCCCAAUUCAGUACCUUAAUCAUGUUUGGAAGCCUCCCUGUCAGAGGAAUCAUCUGCCUCAGCCAGAGACACUCCAUCCCUUCCCCUAUAAUAUAUUACAGCCUGGCUUCCCGGCUCUGGACAGUUCUCUUCAUGCCAUGAAACUGAAUGCUCUAGAGACAUACCUCCAGGGUGAUUUGGCCUGUGUGGAUGGUGGGCAUCAUUUACCUGGCCUACGAUCAGAAUGCAGCUUCCCAAACUGUGUCAGCCAGUCCAUGAAAACCAGCACGGACAAACUUUCUGUGGAAGAAUACCUGGUGGAUGCCUUAAAAGGGAGCGUGAGUCUCGGUGAGCCGCGAAACUUAGCCAGCCUAGCCAAGACGUGGAGAGGAGGCAGUCUGGAUUCAAAGGAGCAGUUUCAAGAGGCAAAUGAAAGUGAAGGGGUCGUGCUUAAUGAGAAACUAAAGCCAGUGGAUUACGAGUACCGAGAAGAUGUUCACUGGACCAAGUGCCAUGGCUCUCUGGGUGUUGGCUCUUUCGGGGAAGUGUACAAAAUACAGGACAAACAGACGGGAUUUCAGUGUGCUGCCAAAAAGGUGCAAGUCGAACACUUUCGUGCAGAGGAGUUAACGACAUGUGCUGGGGUGACGAGUCCCAAAGUUGUCCCUUUGUAUGGAGCAGUCAGGGAAGGUCCUUGGGUUACAAUAUUCAUGGAGCUAAUGGAAGGUGGCUCACUUGGGCAGCUAAUUAAACAGACGGGUUAUUUGCCGGAGGACCGAGCCCUCAGUUACCUGGAGCAAACACUAGAGGGGCUGAAGCAUCUUCAUGCUUACAACGUUCUGCAUGGAGAUGUAAAAGCGGACAAUGUGCUCUUAUCCAGUGAUGGAAGCAGGGCUCUCCUCUGUGACUUUGGUCAUUCUGCUCACCUUCAUCCGGAUGGCUUGGGGAAACGCUUGGUGACAGGGGACUACGUGCCUGGUACAGAGACACACAUGGCUCCAGAAGUAGUAAUGGGCAAGCGCUGUGACUCAAAGGUGGAUGUCUGGAGCAGCUGCUGUAUGAUGCUACAUAUGCUCAAUGGCUGUCAUCCUUGGACCCAGUAUUAUAAUCAUCCUCUGUGCCUGAAGAUAGCAAAGGAACCACCUCCUCUGAGGGAAAUCCCGCCUACCUGUAGUCCUCUCACGGCUGAGGUCAUUAAAGUGGGGCUGGAGAAGGAACCAGUUAAAAGAGCUUCUGCAGCUGAAUUGAAGGCUAAAGCUGAUACUGCACUUGAGCAGUUGGGAGGUGUAACAAGCCCCUGGAGGGGGGAGUACAGAGAACCUAGAUGCUUGUCUCUGAACCAAGAAAACAAUCCACAAACUUCUCUGUCCUCAACAAUUAACCCAGUUUCUGAGACUGCUUCUGGCCCAGACUUGGCAGUCAGUGCUCCCUGUGUAAGUCGAAGCCUGCAGCCACCAUCUCUGGAACUGUCAGAAGAGACUGCGAGAACCUCUUGGAAUCUGUGUAAGGAGUUCCUUGGGGUCUCUGAUCCCACUUCUGUCCUCACCAAAAGCAGCAGCUAUGCAGAACGAGCAAUGACUGUUUCAGAACAGGAGCUUCAACAGUUGGAAAUAGAAUUAUUUUUGAACAGCCUGUCACAGCCGUACUCUCUGGAGGAGCAAGAACAAAUGCUUUCGUGUCUCAGUAUUGACAGUCCCCUUGCAUCUGAUGCCAGUGAGAAGAACUCCCUGAAGGCCUCUCAGAGCCUGAAGGACACCAUGAGCUCUGGAAUUCACUCCUGGAAUAGCCAGUCAGAUGGACAGAGCUUCAGUUGGAAUAACCUGCUGUAUCGCAGUCGACACACAGACACUCCCAGCUAUUUCAAUGGAGUGAAAAUCCAGAUCCAGCUGCUAAGCGGAGAAAACCUACAUAUCCGAGACUUCCACAGGACAAAGGUUGGAGACAUUGCCACAGGGAUAAGCGGCCAGAUCCCAGCCUCCGCUUUCAGCCUUGUUACAAAGGAGGGACAGCCUGUUCACUAUGACAUGGAAGUCCCAGAUUCUGGUAUCGAGCUACAGUGUACCCUCGCCCCUGACUGCAGCUUCAGUUGGACCUGGAGAGUCAAGCAUGGUCAGCUGGAGAACAGGCCAUAAGGCUUCUGGCUUUGGAAUUUGUUACCUCAAAGUAUGGAACAGCAGAAACCCACAACUUCCUCUGUUAAUUCACCAAGUGUCAAGAUUUGUGUUUUCUACUGAAAUAGGAUGGGAGUGUUGUUGCUUCUUGCUCUAGUGCCUUGGCUUCUUGCUAUCUGUCCACAUCCUGUCUCUAGACGCAUACUGUACUUAUAGUGUGAUCUCUAGAGCUGGGGAAUCACUCUUGCUUUAAGUAUGUUUAUAAUUGAGAUUGGAAACACAGAAGUUCCUGACUGAUUUUCAGAGGAAUAGGAUUGUGUUUUCCAGGAAAACGCCAGUGGUUCAGGAACUUCCUAGAGGAAGAAAGCUGUGGUCAUGUAUGUGGUGGUAGAGGUGCUAUCCAGUGAUGGAUAAACUCCUUGCUGCCUGAGGCCUAGAGCAGAGGAGAAUCUUGGAUGCUGUAGCUGGCUGGGCUGGUGCAAAAGUAGAAUUGUCAGACCCUUCGCAGCAGAUUCUUUCAAGGCUGUUUUGACAAGAGUAAAGGGUUUGUGUCCCUUCCCAAAAGAGCUUUCCUUUUCUGAUCUCAAUAACUUCUGCUUCAUUGCCUCUGAUCCACAUGCUAACAUUUAGUGUUAUCUUGUCCUUCCAUCAUUAUAAGCAGCAGAUGUCGGGAAAAUGCGUAAUGGUCUAGAGCAGUGGUGCUUGAGCUUUUGGCCCCAUGGGCCAACUGAGUGGUGCAAGGCUGAAUUAGGCCUUGUGCUGUCUCCACUUGUCCCCAUGUGCCCAGAUUGGGCCUCAUGCGUUGGUUGGCCUUUGUGCACUGGGAUCAAGCUCUUGUGGCCUGUGUCACCCCUGCCUGGCCCUGCGUGCUGGGAUCAGGACCUGGUGGCCUGUGCCACCCCCACCCAGCCACACGUAUGGGAUCAGACCCUGGGGCCUAGCACUGCCCCUGCACAGUCCUGUGAUCAGGUGCCCAAUCUAGCAUGCAGGGCCCGGGGCUCCCCAUGGGACUGGAAAUUUAGCAGCAGGAGAACAGUGCCAACAGUGCCCUGGUGCUGCCAAGUUUUCAGACCUGCGGGGAGCCCCGUGGGCUGGAUGGCACGGCGCUGGGGGUUGAGUACUUCUAGUUUAGUACAUUAAGUUGAAACCAGGGUGUCUUGAGAUCCUUUUAAGUGUUGCCAUUGGGUGCUGAACAGUAUUAACACUUGAAUGGGCAAACACCUACACAUGAUUUAACAAGAAGUGCAAAGUGCUGCACCUAAGGAGGAAAAAUGUCCAGCACACCUACUGCCUAGGAGAUGACCUGCUCAGCAGCACAGAAGUGGAAAGGGGUCUUGGAAUCCUAGCGGACUCCAAGAUGAACAUGAGUCGUCGGUGUGACGAAGUCAUCAGCAAAACUAACUGCACUUUAUCAUGCAUCAGCAGAUGCAUGACAAACAGAACCAAGGAGGUGAUACUUUCCCUCUAUCGGGCACUGGUCAGAUCGCAGUUGGAAUACUGUGUCCAGUUUUGGGCGCCACACUUUAGGAGGGAUGUGGAUAACCUGGCAAGGGUCCAGAAAAGGGCCACGCAUAUGGUUAAGGGCUUGCAGGCCAAGCCCUACGAAGAGAGACUAGAGAACCUGGACCUCUUUAGCCUCCGCAAGAGAAGGUUGAGAGGCGACCUUGUGGCUGCCUAUAAAUUGAUCAUGGGGGCGCAGAAGGGAAUUCGUGAGGCUCUACUCACCAAGGCACCCCGGGGUGGUUACAAGAAAUAAUGGCUACAAGCUAGCAGAGAGCAGAUUUAGACUGGACAUUAGGAAGAACUUCUUCACAGUUCGAGUGGCCAAGAUCUGGAAUGGGCUCCCAAGGGAGGUAGUGCUCUCCCCUACCCUGGGGGUCUUCAAGAGGAGGUUGGAUAGGUAUCUGGCUGGGGUCAUCUGAACCCAGCACUCUUUCCUGCCUUUGCAGGGGGUCGGACUCGAUGAUCUAUUGAGGUCCCUUCCGACCCUAACAUCUAUGAAUCUAUGAUUCACAAGAUAAACUCAGAAAUGUCAAAUAGGAAUCCACAGUCUGCCCUGCUGUGGGUUUUUUGAGUUCUUUGUACUGUAAGAAUUGCUUUAUUAUUUUUCUGUAGUCAAAAAGUGUGUGAUGGCUAGGAGAUGAUAUUUUCUAAGGGGUGCCUUGAGUCUAAUGCAUUGGAGAGCCACUGGUUUAGUGGCUGAAGUUGGAGGCUUGGGAGACUAGCAAUAGCCCCCUUCUACCAAUAGGUGAACAGAGGUAUGGGUAGUGAUAUGACUUGCCCAAGAUUGCACUGAGUCCAUGGCAGAUCCAGGAACAGAACACAUUUUCUCCAAGCGCAGUGUCUUGCCUCUGCAACUAAACUGCAAGUGAACCCAGUCUGGGGACCACUUCUAAGCCUAGAUGGACUAGAGGACAAUUUUGCUCUGCCUUUGGUAGAAGAUUUACCUCCCUUAAGCAUUUUUCCCCCCUCUGAUAGUCCCUAAAAUGGUCAGGUGUUUGCUGUACUAUGCAGCCAGAUAGCUGAGUUGAGAAAACCUCGGUUACUCAGACAGGCCGGACUUAAAUCAUACCAAAGUAUGUACUUAAGGCAGCCAAGGCACUUCUGGGGUGUACUCAUAACCAACUGUAUGCAGAAAAAAGGGGAUAAUUUUAACAUAACUUUGGUUUUUCAGUUCCUGCUUUCAAGUGUCAUGACAAUGAAACCUUUAAUACUAUUAAAACAAAAGCCAUGCGAGUUUACUUGGAUAUAAUGGGCACAGAAUUGUACUGCUACCUUCUGGGAGCAAAAGGCUGAAUUGGUAUUGCUGGGAUUGGAACUUCUUUUGUCAAGUCCAACCUAGUGUCUCCCUGAAGCAAACAUAAUAGGGAAGCUUCCUUAACCCUUUUCCUGAUGGGUAUUAGGGAUGUGAAAGGUUAAACAGUUAAAUGGUUAUGCUAUAAUUGUAUUUUAUAUUGUUAAUGCAUUAUAGUUAACUUUUAACAGUUAACAUAUUUUUUUAAGCAUGGCUUGUGUUUGCUAGGGUGGAGUUGAGGGUCAUAGUGUGCUGGUGCGAUUUUACCCUCAACUUAACCCCAUAGGUAUGUGUUAUUGGUUAACUGAUACAAUUAGAAGAGUUUAAAUGGCUGUUUUUUAAAAUGAUAUUAACAUCCAUAGUGGGUAGGCGUAUCUUCUUGCCAUUCACCAUGAAAAACCUGGCACAGUAAUCGACAGCUGUUGGGGGUAUGUUGGUAUGAAGGAACAAUUGACUUCUCCUUCCAAAGGCUCAUUGAUAAAAGGCUGAGAAGCUCUUUAAGAGGAGAGAAUGUGUACUUAAGCAUUACCAAGUAACUAUUGCUUUUUUUGUUCUUAAUCUGUCAAUGUUAGAAUCAAAUUCUACUAAUCAGUGAAGCCAAAUGCAGCAUCCCUUAGUGCCUGCAAAGCUUGCACUUUUAGUUAUAGCAUUAAUACCAGCAUCUGCACCUAGCUAUUUGAAUGAGUAAAAGGAAUGAACCCUUUUGUGAUUCCAGGGCAUAAUUAUUGGGUAGUAGGAUGCACUCUGCUACCAGCAUUAGCCAGUAUCUACCCCAUUUAUGUCAUUUCAAAUCAUCUUUAUGGCUUAUGGCGAUUUGAGAGGCUGACAUCUUCCAGAUGGUGGUCUGUUGUUUGGGUGCCACUUGUCAGCUGAACAGCCUUGGAAUCAGCCAUUUCUGUUCUACUGGGACAAUACUUCAUCUGUUACCUGCAAUCACUGGCCUGUUCUCAUUGUCCUUGCAAUGAGAUUCUGCUCUGAGGUGCCAUGUUUUGCACUAUUGGUUGCAAUGUUUCAUUCUGUCUUGCUGUUCAAGCCACAUAAGUCCAUCUUCCUGUCCCAGGGUUGGAUUGGCUGUGCAGUAUGAACAAGAAUCCAAAGUAGAGAGAGCGUUGUCACUGGGAUUGAUAGAUUUGCCUGAACACACACACACAACUGGUGCUCUUUACAGUCAUUCUCCCUAGUGGGGGACCAUGCUUUACCAAAGGACAGCUGGAGGAGCGUAGAUAACACUUGGUACCAUCUCUGCCUUCCUCCUCCCCCUAAACCAGUCAGGGAAAAACAAUGCCCUGCUGGCAAAGAAAGAAGCAUCAGUUCAAUUAGUUUGGGCUAGAUAGCGCAGGUAUAAGUGGUGGGCUCUUCUCUUUUCUGUAAGUGUGAACAAAUUAUCUUAAAUGAAUGACACCUUAAUGAUGAAUUGACACUUUAAAAAACUGUGACUUUUAAAAAAAAUUGCUUUGAAAUGAAUGUAAAUUAAAAGAACAAGCUGAGGAAAGACAGCUCUUCAUUGCAGUUGUUCAUGGUUUAAUGUUGUCUGCUGUCUCAAUAAAUGUCGUCGCUGUGUCUGUC